AUGGCAGCACAACUAGUGGAGCUGGGGCUCAUGUACAACCCGCCUCCCACCAGCCUGGAUGCCUACUGCCCGGUGCAUGAAACCGGUCCGCCCGAGCCUCCCCGUCAUGGCGGUGCCGCGGCCGAUUCGGCCCCUGCAGCAGGCGGCAAGGCGUCCAAUGUGGCCAGGUCCACCCGUCAGGGUUCCCAUGGCCCUCAGGAUGCCACGCAUGCUGAUGUCAGCAUGCCAGGGGUCAAGCAUGCACUCCUCAUGCUGGGCACGCUGCCCCUAGCGCUGCCCAACCUGCGCACGGGGUAG